CGAUGACUGGCGCUCACUCUCCGCGGGAAUGAUCUGAUCUGACGGCUGCGGAGAGUCAGCGGUGCUCUGUGAAGUCAUGGCCGCUCAGUGUGAACCCUUAAGCGGAUACUUACAGCAGUCCGAUCCGGGCUCCAACAGCGAGCGCAGCGCGGAUUCCCCUCUGCCCGUGUCUGAGGAUGACUCCAGCGGCCCCACGGCGCCUCCGGACCCCGAGUGGACCGAGGAGAGGUUUCGAGUGGACCGGAAAAAACUGGAGAUCAUGCUAUUAGCUGCCACGGAGGGGCGAGUCAACGGAGGUGAGGACUUCUUUCAAAAGGUCAUGGAGGAGACAGAUACUCAGAUUGCAUGGCCUUCCAAGCUAAAGAUCGGUGCUAAGUCAAAGAAAGAUCCACAUAUCAAAGUUAGCGGUAAGAGAGACAAUGUGAAAGAAGCCAAGGAGAAGAUCAUGUCUGUCCUGGACACAAAGAGCAAUCGCGUGACUCUAAAGAUGGACGUCUCACAUACCGAGCAUUCACAUGUCAUCGGCAAAGGGGGAAACAAUAUCAAGAAGGUGAUGGAGGACACGGGCUGUCACAUCCACUUCCCCGACUCCAACCGCAACAACCAGGCUGAGAAGAGCAACCAGGUGUCCAUAGCCGGCCAGCCAGGAGGAGUGGAGGCCGCCAGAGCCCGAAUUCGGGAGUUACUUCCUUUGGUGUUGAUGUUCGAGCUGCCAGUCAUAGUACAGCUGAACCCUGACCCCAGCUCUCCUGCCAUCCAGCACAUCUCCCAGACGUACAACAUCUCUGUGGCCUUCAAACAAAGGUCCAGACUCUAUGGAGCAACAGGAGUAGUGCGGGGCUCACAGAAUAAUGCUGCAGCCGUGAAGAGGGGCACAGCGGUGUUACUGGAGCACCUCACGGGCAACCUGGCCAGCGCCAUCACGGUCAGCACGCAGCUUGACAUCGCACCCCAGCACCACCUCUUCAUGAUGGGCCGCAACGGCAGCAACAUCAAGCACAUCAUGCAGCGCGCAGGAGCGCAGGUCCACUUCCCAGACCCCAACUGUCCACAGAAGAAAUCCACCGUCUAUGUGCAGGGAACCAUUGACUCUGUGUGUCUGGCUCGCCAGUACCUGAUGGAGUUACUUCCUUUGGUGUUGAUGUUCGAGCUGCCAGUCAUAGUACAGCUGAACCCUGACCCCAGCUCUCCUGCCAUCCAGCACAUCUCCCAGACGUACAACAUCUCUGUGGCCUUCAAACAAAGGUCCAGACUCUAUGGAGCAACAGGAGUAGUGCGGGGCUCACAGAAUAAUGCUGCAGCCGUGAAGAGGGGCACAGCGGUAUUACUGGAGCACCUCACAGGCAACCUGGCCAGCGCCAUCACGGUCAGCACACAGCUUGACAUCGCACCCCAGCACCACCUCUUCAUGAUGGGCCGCAACGGCAGCAACAUCAAGCACAUCAUGCAGCGCGCAGGAGCGCAGGUCCACUUCCCAGACCCCAACUGUCCACAGAAGAAAUCCACCGUCUAUGUGCAGGGAACCAUUGACUCUGUGUGUCUGGCUCGCCAGUACCUGAUGGGCUGCCUGCCACUGGUGCUGAUGUUUGAUAUCAAAGAGGACAUCGAGGUGGAACCGCAGUGCAUUACUUCCCUAAUGGAACAGCUUGAUGUGUUCAUUAGUGUCAAACCCAAACCCAAGCAACCCAGCAAGAGGCCAAAUGUACUGAUUAUACCAACACUAGAUGAGUUUUUGGACUCGUUUUCUCACUCUGUUUUCUCUGAAUCUGAGCACAGUCUGCUGGGACCUAUGACAGCCUCCAUGACAGGACCCUCCACCAACUCCCUUCUCAACGCUCUCAACAGCUCCAUCAGUCCAUUACAGACAUCCACCUCUGGAACACCCAGCCCCAAUCUCUGGCCCAACUCACUGGCCAGUCCUGCCAGCACUUCUGGUUUCUCAUCACCCUUGAUGAUCCACCCAGCCACCCAGGCCACUCUAACUAGCAUCUUGCUGUCAGGGGUGCCAAGCUACACCCAGAACACUCCGUCCCCUCCACCUGGCCUCGCCCCCAUAGACGCCCAAGUCAACAGAGUAUCAGACUGCAGUAAAGCCGUGUCCCCCCUUAGUAGCAAACAACCCAGCACCAUGUACAGCAGAAUGUCUCUGGCAGAUAAAGUUCUGACCGCAGCUCAUGGCGACUCUGUGCAGGAAGCCAGUCCCCACUGCCCUUCUGAACCGCUGUCCAGCAAGUCCAGCCAAGACCGAGGAUCGGAUACGUUUGUGGAGGUGGGCAUGCCUCGAAGCCCCUCUCACUCGGGAAACAGCAAUGAACUGAAGCAGAUGUUGACGUCUUGUAAGACGACGUCAGGAAAGAGGCAAGCCCUGGAGCUGCUACAGGGCACCAAGCACUCCCUCCUACAUUCAGACUGUCUGUUGUCAGACUCUGACUCCAGCGCCUCGGAGAGUCCGGUGGCUGAUAAACGCGCUCCAGGCAGUGAAAGAGCAGCCGAACGGGCCGCUCUGCAGAAUUCAGACAGAAUCCGCCUGCCGCCCCAAUCCUCCUUCUCCAGCAUGCAGGCGUUCGACUACGAGCAAAAGAAGUUAUUGGCAACCAAAGCCAUGUUAAAGAAGCCAGUGGUGACGGAGGUCCGAACCCCUACUAACACGUGGAGCGGUCUGGGCUUCUCAAAGUCUAUGCCUGCAGAAACUAUUAAGGAGUUGCGCCGGGCAAACCAUGUGUCUUAUAAACCUACCAUGUCAACUACAUAUGAGGGGUCGCCUCUAGCCCUGUCCCGCUCCAACAGUAGAGAGGGGGUGGCAAGUGGCAGUGACUCGGAUAACUGGAGGGAAAGGAAUGGGAGCGGGCUCCCAGUACACAGCGACUUCCCCUCUCCCAUCAGCCCCAAAAGGAAGCAGAACAAAACAGAGCACUACCUAAGCAGCAGCAACUACAUGGACUGCAUCUCGUCGGUGAUGGGAACUAACGGCUGUAAUCUCAACACAUCUUUCAAAGGAUCAGAUCUGCCUGAGCUCUUCAGUAAACUUGGCCUCGGGAAAUAUACCGACGUCUUCCAACAGCAGGAGAUUGACCUUCAGACGUUCCUCACGCUGACCGAUCAGGACCUGAAAGAGCUCGGCAUCACUACUUUUGGAGCCCGCAGGAAAAUGCUGCUGGCCAUUUCAGAGCUGAACAAGAACCGAAGGAAGCUCUUUGAGCCACCCAACAUCCGCUCCUCGUUCCUGGAAGGGGGUGCCAGUGGUCGACUGCCACGCCAGUUCCACACAGACAUUGCCAGUGUGAGCGGGCGCUGGUGAGCCCAUGCCAAUGCACCAACGGACAGCCUGAAACUGCACAAAUUCCCAUUCCCAACUCCAACCUGAUAUACAGUACUGGACCAAAACCCGGACCUUCUGAAACUAUGCCAAAUAAACAAAGUCUAUGGAUCAGAGGUUAAGGGUCAAAGAACUGUUGAAUAUUAUAUGCAGUAUGGUACAUUAUGCAAUAUGGUACUCAUGUUACAAUGAAGGAAAUGCAGUGAAUGAUCAUUGGAGCUCCUGCACUGUGCUUGUAUAUGGAGCAGGCAGAUUUUAUUUAUAUGCUUGUCUUAGGCUUCGACAUACUAAUUCUUUGCACUUUAAAAAAUGCUAAAUAUUUUGUCCAUGGACAGAUUCACCUGACUAGAUGCGCCUGGAUUUUAUUUAAAGCACUUAAAUGGAUAUCAAGCCAAAGAGUUCUGAACAAAUUAUCCAUAAGGGAAGCUUAUCUCAUCCCACGGCUGCAUUACAGUGAAAUCACCAGCCUGUUGUUAUUACUUAUGGAUCUUAGUCAGAGUAGACAUCAUAUUGCAUUUGACAGAAAUGAAAUGGAGUGUACGUCUAUCCCUCACAGGCUUGUUUUCAUUCAGGUCAAAUUAAAAUAGUCUACCCUGACUGAAUUCCACAGUACAUUGUCUAUACAGUAUUUCUAAACCUAUAAAUACGAAAAAUCUACAUUAUUUUAGUAUAUGACUUUAGUUCUUCUAUGGAACUCAAAAGAAGAUACUUCGAGGAAUGUUUCAGCUGUUUUUGUCCAUACAGUGAAAGUUAAUUGAGUGCACUAGUUGGUUCUAGAAGUAUUUUUGUCAUUAAUUUUUUU